AUGCCUGAGAUAUUCAGCGUGGUCAUCUGCGAUUCUUUGACUGGGUGUCGGAGGGGUGAGGAAAAGCGGAUGCACGAAGUUGCAAUUGAUAGAGAUGGACACGAGAGAUUGCCGAAAGGAUUUCGCAACGCACGGGUACCAUAUUUCAUCCUCCGCCCUGAAGCAAUCGAGAGCGUCUUCUUGCUAUAUCAUAUUACUGGACUUGAAGAAUUCCGAACAGCGGCGUGGGAUAUGUUUCAAGGUUUGGACGAGGAUUUCUAG